GAGAGCUCAGACACACACACAAAAAAAAGCCAGCCUUUGGAGUGGCGCUGUCACACAAAUACAACAACACACUCGGAGAGCAAAGCAAACACUCUCCUUCUUUCUUGCUCUCUCACCCUCUCUCUCUCUCUUCCCUCCCAUCCCCACACACACACACAUCUCCACACACACACACCACUACAGUAUAUCAGCCAGCGACUAGCGGCGAGCCAGAGGGGAGUGCAGAAAUGAAUGUGAAGAUCCUGACGCUGGUGAUUGUGCUCCUGGUGUCUCUGCUGUGUUCUGCCAGUGCUGGUCCAAUGGCCUCCACGGAACAUGGCCGGGAGCUGGGAGAAGCAGCUUCGGUGAGGAAACUGGUGCAGCAAAAUCCCGUAAGAGGCGGUCAGACCCACAGACCGGCCGGCUGGAAGAGGAGACGUCCACGGCCCCGUCUUUCCCACAAGGGACCAAUGCCGUUCUAGACCAAGGCACUGCUUAGAGCGCCCUCCCCCAGGUUGUGAUUUCUCUGCUCUUCCUUUGCCUUGGGGAGGCCUGCAGCCGAGGGCCUACGCUUGCCCAGCCUGAAGAGUGAUGUCCAUAGCACCUGCUGGUUCUUCAAGCAACUCUGUCCACAAGAUUUGAGGAAAAACAAAAACAAACCAACGACAAAAAUCAGGACAAAGCCGCUCGACCCUCC